ACCACAUAUAGUUUCUAGCUAUGACUGGUCCUCCUACCCCACCCCCUUCGAGUGCUGUUGAGAUCGAAGAUGCCGCCCGUACAAUGUUGCCGCCACCGGCUGCCGUACCCGCCACCGAGCCCGUAGUACCUCCUGCGGACGCGUCUGAGCCCGAAGGGGCACAACCACCUCCCGUUGCACAGGCAAAACAAGUCACCUCAUACGAGCUGCUCUUCCCGAGUAUAUCAGAUAUGGCAAGGAACGGCAGUCUUGGGGAACUCAUUGAGCUCGCAGAGCGUGGAGAUCUAUCUGCUGAAUACCAUACCGAUCCCUCACGAAUGCUCCUGGUGGCCCCUUUAGUACUCGCCUACAUGAUAACGGACCAGCUACCUGCUGCACGCCAUGCAAUGACGCGACUGCCUGAGAGUCUCGCAUCUUAUGGACUGUCCCAAGCGCUCUUUCAGGUUCUGGCGUCUACACACGAGCGCAAGUACUCGGACGUAUACCGCCGGGCCGAAGAAUUGCAUGAAUUUGUCUCGCAGCCUGCGUUCGCGGAUGCUGCUCUUGGUCAAAUCCUUGCCGGGAUGGUCGCUUCAUUCAUCGUCUCCUUCCGGAAGAAGACAUUCGAACUAUUGUCCACGGCAUACACUUCGAUCCCCCUGCCUCUAGCACAGUGGUACUUGGGCUACCCCGGCGACAAGGCGGAAGAAGUCCUGAAUGUCGCUCUGGCCAACAACUGGAAGUUCGACCAAACCACUCGGAUCUUCACACCGUCCACGCAACCGACUACAUCCUCCCGAGGGAUUGGAUAUACGCAAUCGACGCUGCAGGCCUUGAAUUUGGUAGCGGAUACCGUCGCAAAUCUGGAAGCUUGAGCUUCAAAUUGGAGGGGUGCUGCACGCAUGAUUCUCUGAGCCCAUGUAUAGUAUUCUUGAUGCCCUGGCAAACGACUUCAUGUUAUGUUGGC